CUGCUAUCGUGUUCUGAGCAUAACCACAUACCCCUCCACACUUAGUACCACGAGCUAAGCAUGGUCCUCAAGCUCUACGGCUUCCCCUCAUCCACCUGCACCCGCCGGGUGGCCGUCGUCCUCAAGGAGAAGAACAUCCCCUAUGAGCUCGUGCCCGUCGACCUCACCAAGAACGAGCAGAAGAACCCAGAGUUCGUCAAGAACCAGCCGUUUGGACAAGUGCCAUACAUUGUCGAGGAGGACGGCUUCCAGCUUUUCGAGAGCCGCGCCAUUGGGCGCUACAUCGCGCUGAAGUAUGCCGGCCAGGGCACCAAACUCAUUCCAGACCCCUCCGACUUCAAGAAAACUGCGCUCUUUGAGCAGGCGGCAAGCAUCGAGCUGAGCAACUUCGACCCCUUUGCGUACGGCCUGGCCACUGAGAAGGUGUUCAAACCUCGCAAAGGUCUCGGCGAGACGGAUCCCAAGGUGGUAGCACAGCUCACCCAGCAGCUCGAGGCUAAGCUGGACGCGUACGAGCAGCUGCUCUCGAAGACGAAAUAUCUCGCAGGCGACGAAGUGACGUUGGCGGACCUGUUCCAUUUGUCGUAUGGCGCUAUGCUGAGUGUCAUCGGCAUCAACGUCCUGGAGACGGACAAGAGACCUAAUGUGGCAAGGUGGUGGAAGGAUAUCACCUCGCGUCCUGCAUGGCAAGCUGUCAAGGAUGGCGCGUGAGGCAUCUGUGGCCCAGGGAUGAGAGAGUGCGUGAAUCUGUGGUAAACAAAACAUAGCGCAGCCAGACAGUGUAUGAUUUGCGAAGGAAUGCAAUGUGUAGCCUCUGA